AUGGCGAACCUUAGCUUCUUCAACUUUACCAUCCGACAAAUCUCCCUCCUCCUCCUCUUCAUUGUCGUCAACAACCUCGUUUCAGCGGCCUUCAUCCCGCGCAAAUUCACACGUCCUCAACUGGACCAAACCCACACCCACCCCAUCUUUAAACGAAACCCGCUCCCGCUUCCAGUCCCACAAGACUUCCUCGAGGCAGUAGUCGUCCCAACUCCACCUCCUGGAGGCGUUGAAGUUGUCCCUACUCCACCCCCUGGAGCUGUUGAUGUUAUCCCUACGCCGCCUCCUGAAGCAGUCCCUACCCCGCCUCCUGGAGCAGGUGGUGAGGUUCUUGUCCCUGCUCCGCCCCCCGAAGCCAUCACCCCCCUCCCGGAACCUGUGACACCCCUGCCUCCGGCUGUCACUCCGAUCGGGCCCGCUGUCACUCCGAUUCCUGGUUCUGGGGCUUGGGCUGGGAGUGGUGGGAUUGGGGAGGCGCCGGUGGUUGUGACGCCUGCUGCUGCUAAGCGGACGGGGGCGCCGAGGGUGGUGAGGCGGAAGUUGAAGUUGCUUUGA